CGAUUUCGGCUUUCAGCAUCUCGCAAUACCGUUUGGAACGAUAGCUCCUUCUCCAACUAGACAUCUCACAUCAAACGCAGAUUCGUUGCACGUCUUGCGCGACAUCGGCCAGGGUUACACGAUACCUGUACAGUACCCAAGUGAAGUGGCCGCUUUCACCCGAUCCCACGCCGCACGCCAUCAUGAUUGCCUUUCCGCACCGCGGCCCUAUAUUGGUUACCAUCAUGUCCAUCUCAGCGCUAGCGAGUCAGGCUCAGCCAAUGGCCUUCGAACUUUACACAUCCCGCGAAGCACAUCGAGCCAUCGCUGCUCGCUCACCUAGCUCGCAGCGCCUCAAUGUUCAAAGGGACCCCUUCCAUUCACUUUUCGACCUUGACGAGGGCCUGCUGCUCCCAAAUGUUGCCGCUGUGCUCAGUCCGAGAUAUCGCGUCUCGACACAGUCGCCGCACGAAAACCGUCAUGGUGUGCUCUCACUCUCUUUGAUGACCAGAUCGGAUCCCCACGCUCCGCACAGCAGGCGGAAGAGACAUGCCGCGAAGACCAAGAGACUGCUGAGCACAGGUGCCAAAUCGUUGGACGCGGCCUCGCUCUUCAAAGUCUCCAAGUUCAUCAAAGACCAAGGCUGGGGAGUGUACACAGCACAGACCUCCAACACGGAGAAUGACAAUGAGUGGCUCGUUGAAGUCGGAUUCGGCACGCCGCCCCAGCACCUCAAAGUCGUCUUUGAUACUGGGUCGCCAGACACUUGGACGUACUCCCCUGAUUGCUGCUACCUCUCUAACCACGACUACUUCAAUCCGUCCAGCUCUUCUACCUACACAAAUCGUACUGUCGAUGAUGAAGGAAACGUCGAGAAAGCUGAAGCAGGGGCUCCGGGCGAGGCAUGGAAAAUUUCCUAUGGUGGAGGGAGCACAACGCAAGGGUACAUCGGUAUGGACACCUUCACCUUCUCGGACGGUGCUUUGCAAGUUCCCUCUCUUCCUCUUGCCUUGGCCACCCAGAUCACGGGCACGUCGCGAGCCAGUCGUGCGAUGGAAGGCUUGGUCGGACUCUCCAACGGUGCCGCCAGCCCAGCUGCAGGAGGCUGGACGACACCACUUGAAGCCUUGGCCAGAGAUGGUAAGCUGCAGCACCCAUACUUGACGGCAUCGCUUGUCAAGGGCGACCGACGCACCGGGCAAGGAGGCGGAGGCAGCUACAUUCUCGGAGACUUGGACACUGUGUACCAGGACGGCCCUGUGAUUUGGAGUGACGUGACAUCCUCCAUCUAUUGGGGGACUUCUUACGAUGACAUGCGCAUCGGCGGCCAAUCCAUCAUCCCGUCAAACCAAACGCGUGCAAUGAUCAUGGACACUGGCUCAGCCCUCAUCAACCUCCCUCCAGCAGCUGCCCGACGCGCAAAUGAUCGUAUCCAAGGGUCAACAUACUCUGACACGCUCGGAUAUUGGCUCGUCCCCUGUGACACUGGUCUACCGGAGUACGAAAGCACUUUAUCGACCAAGAACCAAGAAUUCAUUCUGGAGGUAAACUCUCAUCCGUUUGCAGUUCCGACGGAAGACUUUGUCUUCUACCCCAAUUUAUCCGUCCCUGCAAAGAGCGCUGGCGGCCAGGAUGGCAUGUGCAUCAGUGCCUUCCAACAAGGACCUGAGCAAUUCUCCAUCGUUGGGCUCACCUUCAUCAAGAAUCAUGCAGUGACAUUUGACAUUGGAAACGGACAGAGAAGGGUCGGUAUCGCGAACAGAACAGACACGGGUUUAGCUUGACGGGUUGCAUUAGACUACAUUGAAUUUGCGUUUAGUUGUCACGGGAAAUUGGGUCGAUGUAUCGAUAUCGUCUUCAAAGACGCCCAACGAA